UGUGACAUGUUAUUGUAUAUAAAAAAAAGCUUCUGAACAUCAUCAGUUUCAGUCAGUCAUCAGUCGUUACUUGCAGAGGGUCACUUGGAACAAGGGUUUAAGCUGAUUGAAAUCUAACUGUGACGAAUUAAGCUUCAACAAUGCGUGCUUGCAUACUUAUUUUCGUAUUGGCGUCGAUCAUCUCAAUGGCAACUGCCUUAGGAUAUGGUCUGUUGGGUGGAUUGGGCGGAGGAUACGGUGGUUAUGGAGGAUACGGAGGUUAUGGUCCAGGAUACGGUUAUAACCCUUGGUAUGGCGGCGGAUAUGGCGGUUAUGGUGGAUAUGGUGGGCAUGGUGGAUAUGGAGGAUACGGCGGAUAUGGAGGUUAUGGCUCUUAUGGAGGAUAUGGAGGUUACAGUCCGUAUGGAGGAUAUGGCUAUGGUUCGGGCUACGGGUACCCAAACAAAUACGAUGGCGGCUUCUACAGCGGAUACGGAGCAUAUGGAUACAGACCUUAUUACUAAACUUUAACGAUCGAACCACAAUAGGUAAACAAUGUGAUAUAUGUUUAUUGUUAAUAAAUCAUGUUUUCGAUAUUA